AUGGCGCCCCGUGGUCGUGGAGGAAAGUUCUCCAAGCCCACUCGUGGAGGAGGCAAGCACUUCAGCAGAGAUCUUGCUGGAGUAGAUAAGGAAGGAAACCAGAUGGGCAUGUGGCGGGAACCCCAAGAUGAAAUUGAAUCAUCAGGCAACGAGGAUUCUUCCUCGGAAGAAGAGAGCUCCGAAGAAUCUAGCGAGGACGAGUCCAAGCCCCUCGAGUCAUCCACAGCAACCGCAACCCGUGAAGAACGUCGCGCAGCCGCCAAAGCAAAGAAGCUCGCCGCAUUGAAAAAGCGCAACCAAGGCCCCGCCCAACCGGGUGACCUCCCCCCCUCCGACUCAGAGGAAUCUGACGAAGACCUUGUCCUCCCCGCCAACCCCAACCACACCGCCAAGUCCCGCUCCCAGACCCAGAAGGUCGAUGGGCCCGCCGAUUCCGCCCCCGCCCCCAAGAAGCCUGCCGCCAAGAAAGAUGUCUCGCAGCUGUCCCGUCGUGAGCGGGAGGCUUUGCAAGCCCAGCAGGCGCGCGAACGUUACCAGAAGUUGCACGCGGAAGGUAAGACCGACGAAGCCAAGUCGGAUCUUGCGCGGCUGGCUCUUAUUCGAGAGCAGCGUGAAGCUGAGCGUCAACGCAAGCUGGCCGAGAAGGAGGAAAAGGAUGAGCAGGCCAAGGAGCGUGCUGAGAUUGCUAUUGAGCGUGAGAAUCGCAUGCGGGCCGCUGCUGCUGGCAAGCUUUCUAAGAAGGCCGGUGGUAAGAAGAAAUAG